GGUCACCUUCAUGGUCAUAGCCCGCUCAGACAGAGCAGAGGGCAUUCGACGUUAGAAAAGUCAUAUGGAGACACAUUUUCUUGAUAUCUCCCUGGCCUUUUGUGGGAUUAAUCUCUCUUCCUGAAGAUGUGAGAAAUGGUAAGAACCAUCUGUAAUCUAUGGAUGUGCAGGCGUCUCCAUGCAACAACACCUCAGACCCUCUGUGCUAUGAGGAAGGAUCAGGCACAUUAGCUGUGAUCAUUAUCCCCACUCUCCUGGCUCUCAGCACAGUGGUUGUUGUGACCAGCAUACUGUGCAAUCUCUUCCAUAGAAGAGCAACACCAGAGAGGACCUCCAUCCCUGCCCAUUACACCAAUCGUGCAGGUCAGGAGUGUGUGUCCAGUAGCCCAGUGAGAGAUGGGAUGGAGAUGGAGAUCCCAGGAGAAUGUACUCUGGAGGGGCUGGAGUUCUGGCAGACUGGCCACUAUGGUCCUAUCUGCAGAGGCACAAUGAGAAGAAAGGAUAUAUCCAGUGCUGUAGUGGUCAAGACACUCCGAGGAGGCAUAAAUCAGCCUGAGGCAAAGGAGUUUGUUGACUGGAUCCUUUUCCAUGGUACCGUGUGUAAACACCAGAACCUGGUCCGGAUGCUGUACUGUCAGACACAGAGACUACCUAUGUACCUGGUACUGGAGGCCUGUAGUCCUGGUAACCUUCUGCACUACCUCUGGACCCUGAGAAAUAGUGAUUUGGAGUCCUUGGAUCCACUGCAACACUUUUCAGAGAGAUCAGUGUUUUUGGUGGCAAAGCAGGUGGCAGCAGGCCUGGACUAUCUGUUGUCAGAGCACAGGCUUGUACAUGGUAAUGUUGCUGCACAGAACAUCCUGAUUGGUCCAGGGUUCUCUGUGAGGGUAUCUGGAUUGGGCCUGGCCUUCGAGAUCCGCCAGCACCAGACUGACAAACUGGCCAAUCGCAGGUGCCAGAAUGACAAACUGGCCAAUCGGAGAAGAGCUGAGGUCCCUCUCAAAUGGCAGGCUCCAGAGAGGAUGAUGAAGCACCCAACCACCGACAGGAGUGAUGUAUGGUCUUUUGGAAUCUUUCUGUAUGAAUUGAUCACAUUGGGCUCUCCCCCCUACCCUGAUCUGGAGCCAGAGUGUGUGUUCCUCCACCUACAGAAAUCAUACAGGAUGAAGAAGCCAGACAACUGUGGAGGACCCUUGUAUGACCUGAUGAAGUACUGCUGGAUGUGGAGCUUCAAGGACCGGCCUGUGUUCUCAGCCAUCAUCAAGCUUCUGGGGUCUUACACAUACCUUGCUGGCACUACAGAUAUCUACAUCCCAGAGGACAUGGACAUCAUUGACUACAUCAAGAGGGCAGGUGUGCUGCCCUAAAUAUCUAGCCCAAGGCAUCACAUUCAUGAAUGAAGAAGCUAGAAGCAAGGGGUGAGUCCAUGACAAAGCAUGGCUGGAGUUGAUUUUAGGUUGAUGUGUACUGUACUGUGGUAUCAAAUGUGUUAUAAACUUUCAGAGAGAUUAUUUUAUGAUGCUGAAAUGAAAUGUUGUAAAUGGGUUGACAUAAUGAGGGUGCAUGAGGGUGUGGAAGUAUUGUAUGGAGGAUGCAACAAAGCCUUAUUGUAAGAUUGCAUUUUUGGAUGUGUCCCUUUUAGCACAUAAAUGGAUGUCAGGAAAAAAAGAUCUGCCACUAUAAUGUUAUUGUCUACUCACAUUUUUAGGCCAUCACAAGAGAACAUAUUUUAAGAAAUUAUACAAAUGUAAGAAUAGUGUUCUUGAUGUCAUAUUGUCCCCAGUGUCAUGAAACCAGGCAAGUCAUUAUAUCACCACUUUAAUUGUCAAAACAUUUACAGAAUUUAAAAUAGAGAUCUUCAUAAGAUGUUUUACUAGUUCAUAAUUUGGUGAGGAUAACUCUUGUGCCUUUAACGGUAGUAAUGAGACAUGUAGUAUUGUAGCCAUACAGUUAAUGUCCACAA